AAAACAAAUCCUUGAAAAAAUGGAGGGCAGUGACGACAUAAGUGCAAGUUCACCUUCCUCCUCCUCAUCUCCUCAAUCAGCGGUGGUGCUCAGCCCCUGCGCCGCCUGCAAGAUUCUGCGCCGUCGAUGCGUUGAAAAAUGCGUCCUUGCUCCUUAUUUCCCACCUCAUGACCCUCUCAAGUUCAGCACUGCUCACCGUGUCUUUGGUGCCAGCAAUAUCAUCAAGUUCUUGCAGCAGGAGGUUCCGGAGGGUCAAAGGGAGGACGCGGUGAGCAGCAUGGUGUACGAGGCGAAUGCAAGGCUAAGAGAGCCGGUGUAUGGGUGCGCCGGCGCUAUUUGGCAGCUUCAGAAACAAGUGAACGACCUCCACCAGCAACUAGCUAAAGCCCAGGCUCAGCUACUAAACAUGCAAUCCCAAAAUGCUAAUCUCAUGGCCAUUAUUUGCAUGGACAUGUCUUCGCAAAAUUAUCACCAACAUAAUUUGGCUACCUACAUCAUCGGUUCCACCACGACGUCGUUUUCAGACGACGAUGACCUCGGGUUUUCAUCCGAGCAGCCUCUUUGGAACUGAUCGGGGCCGUUGGUGGAAAAAUGAGGAUUGUAAUCAUGUUUUUAAGCUAUGGGCUAUAAUUAGGGGAAGUAUUGAUCGGUCGUUAAAUAAAGGUGAUUGAUUGUACUAUAUGAAUUGAGUUAGUAGUUGGAGCAUAGUACUAAUAAUUAGGGUGAUUAAUUACUAAUGAUUAUGUUUGGGGUAGAGGAAAUUUCCCCUUUUUUCAUGUAAUAUUUCUAUCUAUCAUAAAUUUUGAAAGGCCUAGUGUCUUUUUCCACA